UUGUUAUACAACUUUCAUCGUCUCUCUUUACAUGAUAUUGUGCUGUUUCUCGAGACUUCAGACGAGGAGAGCACCCCAAGUGAAUUCAUCUAUUUCGAGAGUGCCGGUAGUUUCCAUCUCAAGCUCUUUCCGUCCCAAGUCUUCUGCGCAACACGACAUCGCGAACAACGCGUAAAGCACCCCAUCGCAACUUCGACUUCCACUUCGCCGCCGCUGUUUACCACCGACUUCGAUCAUCGCCUUGUCCCAUCCUCGCAACCACAUUACAUCUCCGCCUACUCAGCCUACCUGCCGUGACAGCGCGCUGCAAAAAUGGCCGACGAGGUGUCGAUCGACAAGGCCACCUUCCACAACCGCCUCUCGGCCUUCAUCUCACAGUGGAAACAGGACAAGCGCAAUGGCGACACUCUCUUCGCCGGCGCCUCAUCCAUCGCCAUUGUCAUGGGCAAGUCGGAUGAGUCUCAGGGCUUCACAAAGACCAGCGCCAUGCAGUUCUGGCUGCUAGGCUACGAGUUCCCCUCGACCGUCUUUGUCAUUACCCAGGACUCUAUGCACAUCGUCACCACGAAGAAGAAGGCUGCCUACCUCGAGCCCCUCAAGGACGGCAAGACCCCCGUUGAAAUCCUCGUUAGAGGCAAGGAUGCUGCAGAGAACGCAAAGCAAUUCGAACGCUGCCUCGAAGUCAUCAAGAACGCUGGCAAGAAGGUCGGUGUUGUUUCCAAGGACCCCUCGAACGGCCCCUUCAUCAAGGAGUGGAAAGACCAGUUCGAGGCCAUCGCCAAGGACGUGGAAGAGGUCGACAUUACACCUGCUAUCUCGGGCGCUCUUAGCAUCAAGGACGAGAAGGAAUUGCGCGCCAUUCGUGAUGCCUCGCGCGCAUCUAGUGGUAUCAUGGCCAACUACUUCGUCGACCAAAUGUCUGGUAUUCUGGAUGAGGAGAAAAAGAUGAGCCACAAGGCUCUAUCACAGAAGGUUUCCGACAAGAUCGAGGAUGACAAGUUCUUCCAGAAGUUGAAGGUCUCAAGCGGCUUCGACCCCGCUCAGCUUGACUGGUCUAUCUCACCCGUCGUACAGAGCGGCGGCAAGUACGAUCUCAAGCUCUCAGCCGAGGCCGACGACAGCAACUUGCACGCCGGCGUCAUUCUGUCUACCCUUGGACUGCGCUACCUCAGCUACUGUUCAAUCAUCUCGAGAACCUACUUGGUCGACCCCAACAAGUCUCAGGAGAGUGCCUACAAGCUGCUGCUUACUGUCCAUGACAGCAUUCUCAAGAACAUGAAGGAGGGCAUGGUUGCAAAGGAUGUCUACGCCAAGGCAAUCGCCCUUAUCAAGUCAAAGAAGCCUGAGCUCGAGAAGAAUUUUGUCAAGUCCGUUGGCUACGGAAUCGGUAUCGAGACACGCGAUAGCUCGUUCCCCAUGAACGGCAAGAACAACCAGACUCUGCGCGAUGGAAUGACCUUCAGCAUCACCACUGGCUUCCACGACAUCGAGAACCCCAACCCCCAGGACAACAAGAGCAAGACAUACUCGCUAUUGCUCACCGACACCGUUCGCGUAGGUAGCACAGAAGGUCUGGUCUUCACCAAGGAUGCCCCUUCGGAUCUUGAGUCGACUUCGUUCUUCUUCAAGGACGACGAAGAUGAGCCAGAAAAGGCAAAGCCCAAGCCGAAGAAGGAUUCCCGUGUGGGCGCCGUCGCCAAAGGAAACAUUACAAGCACCAGACUACGCAGCGAACGCAGUACGCAGCCUAAUGAGGAGAAGGAAGCUCAGCGAAAGGAUCACCAGAGAGAACUCCACUCCAAAAAGCAACAACAAGGUCUGGACAAGUACGGCGAAGGUACUGGCAACUUGAACGGCACCGAGGUGAAGAAGUUCAAGCGUUUCGAGUCGUACAAGCGUGACAACCAAUUCCCUUCUAGGGUCAAGGAUCUCAUUGUCUUGGUCGACGUCAAGAAUGCUAGCAUCAUUCUGCCUAUAAUGGGACGUGCCGUCCCAUUCCACAUCAACACCAUCAAGAACGUCAGUCAGACUGAGGAGAACGCAUUUUCUUUCUUGCGUAUCAACUUCCUCUCACCUGGUCAGGGUGUUGGAAGAAAGGAUGAUCAGCCUUUCGAAGACCCCCUCGCCCACUUCCUUCGCAGCUUGACAUUCAGAUCAAAGGACACCGACAGAAUGAACACCAUCGUUGCGCAGAUCACCGACAUGAAGAAGGACGCAGUCCGUAAGGAGCAGGAGAAGAAGGAUCUUGAGGACGUUGUUGAGCAGGACAAGCUCGUCGAAAUAAGAAACCGCCGACCUCAACGUCUCGACAACAUCUUCAUGCGUCCUUCAUUGGAGAGUAAGCGUAUUGGCGGUUCCGUCGAGAUUCACCAGAACGGUCUGCGUUAUGCUCAUAUGGGUGGUGUCAAGGUCGAUGUUCUGUUCAGCAACAUCAAGCACCUCUUCUUCCAGCCCUCUCAGCAUGAACUCAUUGUCAUCAUUCACUGUCACUUGCACAAUCCUAUCAUGAUUGGCAAGAGAAAGACGAAGGAUAUUCAGUUCUACCGCGAAGCCACAGAGAUGCAAUUCGACGAGACGGGUAACCGUAAGCGCAAGCAUCGCUAUGGAGACGAGGAAGAGUUCGAGGCGGAACAGGAGGAGCGCAGACGUCGUGUUCAGCUCGACAAGGAGUUCAGAUCUUUCGCGGAGAAGAUUGCAGACGCUGGCAAGGGCGACAACCUGCAAGUCGACAUGCCUUACCGCGAUCUUGGUUUCAACGGUGUACCUGCUCGCUCAAGCGUCUACAUUCAGCCCACCACCGAGUGUCUGAUCCAGAUCACCGAGCCUCCGUUCACAGUCAUCACACUUAACGACAUCGAAAUUGUGCAUUUGGAGCGUGUCCAGUUCGGCCUGAAGAACUUUGACAUGGUUAUUGUCUUCCAGGACUUCCAACGCCCUCCUGUGCACAUCAACACUAUUCCUGUUGAAUCCCUCGACAGUGUCAAGGACUGGUUGGACUCGAUCGACACACCCUACUCGGAAGGUCCCCUCAACUUGAACUGGGGCACCAUCAUGAAGACUGUCACUGCCGACCCUCACGAGUUCUUUGCUGGUGGUGGUUGGUCCUUCCUUGCCGCCGAGUCAGAUGACGAGGGAGAAAGCGAGGAAGAGGAGAGUGCAUUCGAAGUCAGCGAAGAAGAUCUCGCUAGCGAUGAGAGCAGCGAGGACGAGUCUGACUUCGACGACGACGCUAGUGCCGACGCCAGUGAAGAGGAGAUGAGUGAGGACGAGAGCGGUGAAGAUUGGGACGAGAUGGAAGAAAAGGCCAAGAAGCGUGACCGCGAAAGUGGCCUCGACGAAGAAGAAAGACGUCCCGCUCCCAAGGGUGGCAAGCCCAAGAAGCGAUAGACGUUUUAAUGCUUUGAAGGGGUAAAAAUCUUUACGGGCCCAAGACGGGGAGGAUGUCUUUUCUUGUUGCUUUCGAAGGAGUUUCGGGCGUGCAAAGGAUGAGAGGG